CUCACGAAAGAACAUUAGAAACUGAUGUCUUAUUUGGAUUAUUAAAAGAAACUCAUCGGUUACGUCCGGAGUUAAAGAUUCUCGUAAUGUCUGCAACCCUUAAUGUAGAAAAAUUUUCGGAUUUUUUUAACAGCUGCCCGAUAUUUAUCAUUCCUGGGAGAACAUAUGAUGUGGCAAUUAAUCAUCAUCGCGAUGCAAAGAUCUCUAGUCUUAAAUCGACUUAUGUUCAACGUUCCGUAGAGACCGCUCGAUACAUUCAUACUCAAGAACCUCCAGGCGAUAUUUUGGUAUUUUUGACCGGCCAGAAUGAAAUAGAGAAGGCUUGUAGAGACCUUGAAGAUCUGGAUCGAGACCUAAAUUAUAAAACUGACGUAAAAUAUUUUGAAGAUGUAAGAGGCUUGGUGAUAUACCCUAUUUAUGCUACCUUAGAAACUAUGGAACAGAAGUCUAUAUUUGAUGAUCCUCCUCGAUAUACUAGAAAGAUUGUAUUUGCAACUAAUAUUGCUCAGACUUCUGUAACAAUACCUGGUAUCAAAUAUGUUGUUGAUUCUGGAUUUGUGAAACAAAAAACUUACGAUCCGGCUACUGGAAUGGAUGCCCUUUUAGUGGUGCCGAUUUCUCGAGCUGCCGCUACGCAAAGGGCUGGCCGUGCUGGUCGAACAGCUUCGGGUCAAGCUUUUAGACUUUAUAGUCGGGAGUCUUUUGAACAAAUGGAAGAAGAUACCGUACCAGAGAUACAAAGAAGUAGCUUACUGGGUACUGUACUUAGUUUAAAGAAAAUGGGGAUCAAUGAUAUUAUCAACUUUGAAUUUAUUGAUCCGCCUGAUCCGGCUAUGGUAAAAAAUGCUUUAAAACAACUCUUUUUGCUAGAAGCUAUAGACGAUUCUGGAAAGCUUACUACUUUGGGUAAUGAAAUGUCGAUUUUUCCAUUGAGUCCCUUUCUAUCUAGGGUUUUAAUCGCGAGCUCAAGGAAAUAUGAAUGUAGUCGAGAGGUUGUAAUAAUAGUGGCAAUGCUUUCGGUUGAAGAAAUAUUCGUAUCUCCGAGGAAUGCUGAAAAACAAAUGGAUGCUGAUGAAAAAAGAAGAGAGUUCUAUCAUCCUUCAGGUGAUCACAUGAUGCUAUUGAACAUUUUUGAAAGAUAUCGAGAUAGUGGUUAUAGUCGUGAUUGGU